AUGUUCUACAGAAUUCUGGGAUUCGAACAAUCUCCAUGGCUGGAACCUUAUAUAGCAAUGAAUACUCAACGACGUGCAAAAGCAAAGAAUGCGUUCGAAAAAGACUUCUGGAAAUUGAUGAAUAAUUCAGUAUUUGGGAAAACUAUGGAGGAUGUGAGAAAGCGAGUCAAUAUAGAAUUGAUUCAUCCAGCAUUUGUUAGUAGGAAAAUCUUCUAUGGGGCGAACUUAGUAGCUGUACACCGAAGGCAGACUAAUGUAAAACUAAAUAAGCCGGAAUAUGUAGGAGCAUGUAUUUUAGAUCUUUCUAAAUAUUUUAUGUAUGACUUUUGGUAUGAAAUUGAGACCGAAAAUAUUUAUCAAGACAUGAUAGAUGAUUGUGAUUUAUUCGAUUUUAGCGAUUACCCUGAAGACCAUUGGGAUCUCGACAAAUUCUGCUGGAUUAAUAAACUUGGUAUAAAGAAAUUUCAACCUGAACUUCAGAAAGAUGGAAGAUCACAGGCGUUUGAAUUCUAUAAAUUAGAACUUGAACAAAAAGAAAAAGAAAGAGAAUCGCGCGAAAGAUAUUCAGAUAAUGAAGAAUUUCAAGGAUAUAUUAAUAUUGAUCAAUAUUUGUGGGAUAAGUAUUAUAAAAAGUUAUUUGAAACCGCUAAAAACAAGUAG